GUCCUCUUUCCAUGAUACAUUUCUAAUCAUAUUAUGCAAUUUUAAAUUGGGCUAUGGGAGUACACGGACUCUGGAGGCUGCUGGAGAGCACAGGGAAACCCAUUAAUCCGGAGACUCUGGAGGGUAAAAUUCUUGCUGUUGAUAUCAGUAUAUGGCUGAAUCAGGCCGUGAAAGGGGUGCGAGACCGCGAAGGCAACAGUGUCAAGAACGCCCACCUUCUCACGCUUUUCCACCGGAUAUGCAAGCUGCUUUUUUUCCGCAUCAGGCCAGUGUUUGUGUUUGAUGGCGAUGCUCCACUGCUGAAGAAGCAAACUCUGGCUUUGAGGCGGCAAAGGAAGGAAGAGUUGAGCCAAGAAUCCAAAAAGACGAAUGAGAAACUCCUGAAGACAUUCCUGAAAAGACAAGCAAUCAAAGCUGUGCUCGGAGAUAACAGUAAGGAUCCUUUACCAAGCCUAUCCAGUGUGAAGAGAAAUGAGGUGGAUGACAUAUAUAUUCUACCAGCCCUGCCACAGGCAGAUGAGGAGCAGAAAAGCAGUUCAGAGGAGGAGGAAGAGAAUGAGUCUGAAGAUGUGGUUCAUGAUAUGUAUCAGGGGGAGGAAUUUUAUGCGGACCCCAACUCGGUGGACAUCAACUCAGAGCGGUUUGCCAGCCUACCACUUGAAAUGAAGCAUGAGAUUCUUAAAGACAUGAAAGAAUUUUCAAAAAGGCGUCGGACCCUCUACCACAAACCCCCUGAGCUCUCCACAGACUUCUCCCAGUACCAGUUGUCUGGCUUACUGCACAGGAACAAACUCAAUCAACAUCUAGAGGGAGUGGAGAAAGAGAUGAAUCAGCGCAGUGCCGGCAGCGCACCGCAGCUCUACGAAGAGGACCAGCAGAAACGUGAUGUUGAGUCACGUCGACUUGUUUCAGAAGACAACUCUCACUACAUCCUCAUUAAAGGUUCUACUAAAAGUAAAGAACCCUCAGAAAGUCAACCUGCCUCUGUACCCUGGACUGGAAACGACCCAUCAGGCUUUAUAAAACGAGCCGUGGACAAACCCAAGCCCUUGUGGUGUGUGGUCUCAGAGGAAGAAGAUAAAAAGCAGGUUUUGAGUUCAGAAGACUGUAAAGCUUCUGUAUCUCAACUCGAGUCGCCCGCUUCGCCUCGCACACUGAAAGCUAUAGAGGCCGCCAUGAGUGACAGCUCGGAAGUGGAGACGGUGGAGCAUGAAGAGAGGGAUGGGGAAGUUUCUCCACGUACUCUGCUUGCCAUCCAACGAGCUCUGGCUGAGGAGGAUGAAGUCUAUUUAGCGAAGGAUACGAAUCUAAGUGGUAGUUCUGCAACAAAGUUUCAAAUCUCCAUCAGUAGUUCAGAGGAGGAGACAGAACUUGAUGCUAUAAGUAGUGUUGUCCAACGAAACUCUAAUGUUGAGGGAAACACAGGAGGAAAGGAAACAGCUGAUGACUUGUUAGUUAUUGGUUCAGAUUAUAUGGAUGAAGUCAUUGGAAAGAGAAAUAAAGCUUUUCACCAUGCAGCAGCUACUCAUGAACAGAAGGAAGGAUUUCACAGCCAAAAUGUGUGGGAUGAGAAAACUGAGGUGAACAAGGACAAGAAAAUGCUCAACGCUAACCUACUUGAUGCAAGGACAGUAAAUUGUAGUCUGACAAAGCCUGACGAGAGAGGAGACUCAGAGCAGAGAGUGAUGUUUGACAACGAGCAUCAUGCUCAUUCUGAGGCAGCUGCGGCUUUGUCCGAGCAACUACAAGGAGAACGUGUUUGGGAGGCUCAAAGUCACCUGGUGCUGCCUAAAAAGACAAAUAAUGAAUCCACUAUUCUACAGGAGAGCCUUGACGUGAAACCAAAAACCACUGAUGACAGUGAAUCAGAAGAGAGCUUUGUUGAAGUACCAGAAGAAGAGCAUGAAGAGGAUGCAGAGGAAGUCUGUGAAGAUGAGACCAUGCAAGCUGAAAGUCAGUCCAAUGCUGCCACAAUCCCAGACGAGUUUUUGAAAUUAAAUGAAGAACAAGACAACAAAAUGCAGACUGAUGAGGAAGAAGACUUGGAUGAGGAGAAAGAGAAAGCGUCUUACUCAGCUCCUGUCAUCAGUGAAUGGGCAGAUUUUGAUGUAGAUGAGCUGCAGUCUCUGGAGAGUUCCCUGCAGGUGGAGCAGAGCAACCUGAAAGAGCAGAAACAGCAGCAGGAGAGGAUGGCCAACACCGUCACAGGACAGAUGUACCUGGAGAGCCAGGAGCUCCUGCGGCUUUUCGGCAUCCCAUUCCUCGUGGCACCAAUGGAGGCCGAGGCGCAGUGCGCCGCACUCGACCGGGCCGACCACACAAACGGGACGAUAACUGACGACUCGGACGUUUGGCUGUUUGGAGGGCGACAUGUUUACAAGAACUUUUUUAGCCAGAAUAAAUAUGUGGAGCACUACCAGUACAGUGACUUGCAGAACCAACUGGGGUUGGACAGGACCAAACUGAUAAACCUGGCUUACCUGCUUGGAAGUGACUACACCGAGGGCGUACCCGGAGUUGGAUAUGUGACUGGCAUGGAAAUCUUGAAUGAAUUCCCUGGACAUGGGCUUGAGCCACUAACAGAGUUCAGUUUGUGGUGGUCAGCGGCUCAAGAGAAAAAGCGUUUGACUGCAGAUCCCCGGGACACAAAAGUUAAAAAAAAGCUGAGGGAGCUGAAACUUCAGCCUGGAUUCCCAAACCCUGCGGUGGCUCAGGCUUACCUGCGGCCUGCUGUGGACGAGUCAGACGGCUCCUUCAGCUGGGGGCGCCCUCAACUGGACAUGAUCAAAGAAUUCUGUCAAAGUCGUUUUGGUUGGGCUAGUCGAAAAACGGCAGAGACCCUUCAGCCUGUGAUCAAGCAACUUAACACACAACAGACUCAGAUGCGGAUUGAUGCGUUCUUCCGGAUGGAGCAACAGGAAAAGCAGGCGAUUCGAAGUCAGCGGCUCCGACGUGCCAUCACCUGCAUAAAAAGAAAGGAGAACAAAGACGAAGAGGUGGAAUCUGAUGAGGAAAUAAUGUCCCCAUCCAAAGCCAAGAAAAGCAAAACAAUAGAACAGGCCCAGAAAAAAGAUGAAAAUGAAAAAAGGAGAGCACUGGAUGGGUCUGUAGGUGGGGGAGGGUUUUUAGGUUCUGGGGGAACUGGAGAAACUGUGAUUACAUCUCUGAAUGAUGCAUGCUGCACUAGGCAUGAGUCACACAUGACAAAGGUCAACAAGACUUUACCGCAGCACAAGAAAUGGAGCAGCAGCAGCAGCUCUGCUGAGGACAGCGAAGAUAAUUAUGAUAAAGUUGCUAUGGUUACUGCCCAGUCUGUGUUCAAGGAAAGCAUGAGAGGUCGUGGUAAUAAAAGUAGGCGAGGAAGAGGACGGGGAAAGAAAAAUUGACACUUCAUUUUCAAAAGCAAUUCCGUCCAUUCUUCCAUUUUUGACAAUGCUUAUCAUCACAAGGGUAGCAAGCUUCCAGGAGCCUAUCGCAACUAACUGCGGAGAGAAGGUGGGGGUAUACCUUGAAGUGCUUGCCAAACAAUUACGGGGCACAUAAAGGCAAACAACGCUUUUGAUUCACAUCUAUACCUAUAGACAAUUUAGACUCUUCCAUUAAACUAACAUGCAUGUUUUUGGGAUAUAGGAAGAAACCGGAGUACCUGGGGAAAACCCGUGCAGGAAUUCGAGAACUUGCGAAGUCCACAUAGAUAAUGCUGGAUUUGAACCUCAGUCCUCAGAAUUGUGAGGCUGAUAUGCUAACCAGUUGCACACCGCUUUGACUUUCAAGAGAGACUAUCCAUCCAUCCAUUUUCUUAGCCGCUAAUCUUCACAAGGGUCACGGAAGUGCUGGAGCCUAUCCCAGUUGUCAAAAGGCAGGAGGUGGGGUAGACCCUGAACUGGUUGCCAGCCAAUCGCAGGGCACAUCGAGACAAACAGCUGCACUCACAAUCACACCUAGGGGCAAUUUAGGGUGUUCAAUUAAUGUUGCAUGUUUUUGGGAUGUAAGAGGAAACCUGGAGUACCUGGAGAAAACCUGUGCAGGAACGCGGAGAACUUCCAAACUCCACAUAGGUGAGGCCGGAUUUGAACCUCAGUCCUCAGAACUGUGAGGCCGAUGUGCUAACCAGUUGCACACCGCUAAUACGUUAAAGAGAAAUAUUUUUGCAAAUUCUUUUUUGCAAUUACGGUAUUCAACUUUUCAAAACUGCAUUAUUUAGUCACAAUCCAUUGUCUAUUAAUUAAACUGAGUCAUUCCUAAAAACGUGUGGCUUUUUUUUUUUUAUACCGAGAUUGACAUAUUUGAAACAAAGUACCAGUCAAAUGUUUCAACAUAUUAAUUCAAUGGGAAGGUUGAAAAGUGUGUCCAAACUUACCAGUAUUAUAUUCAUGAAUAUAUUGUAUACCUUAAAGUGGAUGUUUGCAGUUUUUAGCCUCAUUUCACAGGCCCC